AAAAAAACACAGCGCUUGAUCAAUUGAGCUGUCGAACAGGUGGCACACAGAGUGUUGCGCCUUCAAAGCAUGUUUCUGGCGGUUAAUCAAAGUCUCCACAACUCAAAGAGGCGGCGCGAUGAGCAAGCUGCCUGCUCGCAGCCAUCCCCGGAGAGAACAGAUUCCACAACGCAGCUGGUGGCCAAUAUGACAGCGACAGCCACAACAACAACAACAACAUCUCUUGGGCAUAAAUGCGAGAGUUGCCAGCACAUACAACAACCACAACCACAACCACAACAAGGCAACGAUGAGCCGCCCUGCAGCUGUGACUGCAACUGCAUCAAUAAGCCAUCAUCUAUGCAAAUGCCAAUGGCAUUGCCAAUGGUGCGCACCUCCCUCGUCCUCGUCUACAUCUAUCUGGGCGCCCUCACACUAAUGCUGGCCACCCUCGCCAUGCUCUUCUAUACGCACAGUCAGGCCGCGCAGGAGUCCCCAACGUUGUCCACGCUCCUCAAUCAGCGCGCCUUUCACGCACAGUUCCACAGCGAACUGCUUCGAUCGGAGCAGGUGUUGCGCACGAUGGUCACCCAGAUUAUGGAGCGCGAUUAUCCCAUGGACAUGAGCACAACCACCGUGCAGCCGAGCAGCUUGGGACUGAGCGUGGUGCGCAACGAGCGCAAAUUGAACGACAAUUUCCUGAGCCAUUUGCCGAAUGUAAAACGCAUUCGCAGGGACAUCGCCUCCUCCUCGCCCGCCUCCAUGCACGCAGAUCCACUGAUUGAAUUCUUCAAUCCAAAUCAUCGCAAGGCGCUCGAGGAGCAGGACACCGAGAUACGCAAACGAACCGGUCUCAAGGGCGCGGCGCCCGGCGGCGAUGAAUGGAUCUAUCUGAACACCUAUUGCCGUGUGCCCGAGAAGAUUAUCACCGGUUUCUGCAAGGGCACCCAGGACUAUUGCCCGCCCGCACCACAAGGUCCCCAGGGCGCCGUCGGUCCCAAAGGACCCACCGGUAAUCCGGGUCUGCCCGGCAUACCCGGUCCCAAGGGCAAUCGCGGUGAUGUGGGACUACCCGGUGCACCCGGUGUCGAUGGUGUGGGUCAACUGGGUGCCACCGGGCCGCGCGGACCCAAGGGAGACGCCGGCGGCAUUGGGCGAGCCGGAUUGGAUGGGCGAGACGGUGUGCCCGGUGAACCAGGCUUGGACGGUGUGCCGGGACGAGCGGGUGCCGAUGGCAAGAACGGGCUGGCGGGACGUGAUGGCAAGGAUGGUAUGCAUGGCAAGGACGGCAAGGAUGGCAUGUCCAUAACGGGGCCAAAGGGAGCACAAGGUCCGCCCGGCGAGCGUGGACUGAAGGGUAUUGCUGGGCCACGCGGACGUCCGGGCAAGCCAGGCACCAAUGGCACACCUGGCAUACCUGGCGUCAAUACCUGGAAGAUGCAGUAUCCCAAUGGCAGCGCCACCAGCGACCUGCUUAUACCGCCCUCCAUAACAGACUUGAUGUCACCCAACUUCCGACGCAGCGUCAUCGUCGAGGAGGGUAAAACCCUGAACAUGAGCUGCUCGGCAACAGGCAAUCCACAGCCGCAGAUCGAAUGGCGACGCGACGAUGGACGCACCAUAAAUGUUAAUGGCAUUGAAAUGAGCUCGAUUAGCGGUCAGUUCAUCAAGUUCACGAACAUCACGCGCCAUCAAAUGGCCGCCUACACGUGUCAUGCCAACAACGGCAUUCCCCCAGUGGCCAAUGCCACUUUCCUGGUCGAAGUGCACUUUGCGCCAAUGAUCUCGGUUUAUCGGCAAAUGAUCUAUGCGGAGUAUCAGAGUAGUGCCACCUUGGAGUGUCAGGUGGAAGCCUUCCCCGAGGCUAUACGCUACUGGGAGCGUGCCUACGAUGGCAAGAUACUUGAUCCCAGCGACAAGUAUCGCAUCGAAUCCUAUCCAGAUGGUUUUAAGACCUCGAUGCGUUUGACCAUCAUCAAUUUGCGCAAGGAUGACUUUGGCUACUAUCACUGUGUGGCACGCAACGAGCUCAAUGCUACCAUGGUUAACUUUGAGAUUGCACCUCAGGAUCCCAACAGCGAGACGCCCUAUGUGGGCAACAAUGUCAAGGUCUAUGGCCAGCGACCACCCGAAAGCGAAUGUCCAGUCUGUGAUCAGUGUCCCGACCCAAGCUUGUAUCAGUGCAAGGAUUCUAUUUUAAACAAUUUCGAGAUACAACCGACGGGCAAUCUCAGCUAUCCCGGACUGCCAAAGCGUGCGAAGAACUGCUAUUUGUAUGCUGUGGGCAAGCCAGUGUUCCAUAAGGUGGUCAACGAAAAGUUUGGCUCGUGGCUACGCGAUGCUGCCCCCCGAGACAUUGAUCGAGAGAAAACGUUUGUCACCAAUGAGAAUGAUGCCUACAAUCUGUUUGAGUUCUCCACACGCAUACAGUAUCGCAUGAACAGUGUGCCCAGGCACAAGUACGAAAUAACCGAAGGAUUUCAGGGCAAUGCGCAUGUGGUGUACAAUGGUUCAUUCUAUUACCAUCAGAAGAACACCGAUUUGGUUGUCAAACUAGAUUUGACAACCUCCAAGAAGACAACCUUUCAAUUGCCCUACGCUGGAGUCGCUGCUGGCAAUCGACUCUACGCCACCGAUCACAAUUACAUGGACUUUAAUGUGGACGAGGUUGGUCUCUGGGUCAUCUACAGUACAUACGACUCGAACAACACUCUGGUGGCCAAACUGGAUUCAGAGACACUGCGCAUGCAGUUCAAUUUCAAUAUCACACUCGAUCACAAGCAGUUUGGCGAAAUGUUUAUCGUCUGUGGCAAUUUGUAUGCCAUCGAUUCGGGCACCGAUAAAAAUACUCAGAUACGAUAUGUCGUCGAUCUGUACAAGGGUAAACUGCUCAAUGCCAAUUUACCCUUCUCGAAUCCCUUUAGCUAUACCACAACAGUUGGCUACAAUCCUCUCACAGUGGAACUUUACUCCUGGGACAAGGGCAAUGCACUUACAUAUCCUAUACGCUACAAUGAACAUCGUUUGGCAACAGAUAAUAUGUAAUCGAAACACGAAAUGUUUUACCAUAUCUAUAGUAUGAAUAUAUAAAUAUAAACUGUUCUUUUUUUUACCA